AUGACUGUCACCACGACGCCAUGUACCAGACCGCUUCCGAAACCGUUUGAGACAUCGUCCAUCAACUUCGGCGCCGAGAUCAGCGGACUGGACAUUGAAAACCUCAGUGACAAUGACUUCGAACUCUUGAGGGUCGCAUUGUAUAAACACAACGUACUGGUGAUCAAGAACCAACACCGCCUCUCGCCGAGGGCGCAAUGCGAACUGACACGACGCUUCGACCCGGACGCCGACGUGUACAGCCAUGGAAAGACGAUCGACAAGCGGAGCGUGCUUCACAAAGACCUCACCACCAUCCCACACCAACCGCAGGUCCAAGUGAUCGGACACGGGCAGAUCGAAUCGUACGAAGGAUUGACGAACCUCAAGUUGAAGCACCCACACCACCGAGUCUUCCACAAACACCCUGUUCCCGAGGCGGACGAUUUCCACAAGACGCAUUUCUACCGAUGGCACAUUGAUUCGGCCAUGUACGACUUGGACCCGCCGUUGGUGACAUCCCUGUUGGCGAUUCGAGUCCCCACGGGUAGACGUCAGCUCUGCACGUAUGACGACGGGACCGGCGAUGAGAUGGAGGUCCCCUUGGGCACCACGGCGUUCUUCAGUGGAUAUCAAAUGUAUGACUUGCUCUCGGAGAAAGAUAAGGAGUUCGCCCGCACGAGCCAGGUCGAGUACGCCGCUCAUCCUUACAUCUGGAUGGCCAAUGCAAGAUCGAGGUCCAACGGGCUCGGGUUGUACUGCGACGGCCUGGAACUUGCAGACGACCAGCUGCCGCCCGUCGAGCCACACAAGAUCAAAAGGUACCCCAUGGUGUGGAAAAACCCGGUGACGGGUCAGCUGGCCAUGAUGGUCUACCCGACGCCAGCCAGGAGGAUCCAUCUCCAGGAUGGCAGCGUGAUUGACGACCUGGCCGAGGUCAGGCAGACCUUGUAUCGCAUGCAACGCCCGGCAAUCAGCCCCCAGUUCAUCUACCCGCAUGAUUGGGAAGAGGGUGACUUAGUCCUCUUCAACAACCACGGCGUCAUGCACUCGAUCGUCGGCGCUUUUGCUGACCACGAGGUCCGUCUGUUCCGCCAGUGCAACAUGGCUGCCAGUAGACCUCCCUUGGGGCCUGAUUAG